CGAACAAACAAACACGAGCCUCCAGCGAUGGAAAGGUACCGUCGCGUAAGAGGGACCGAGACGAUGGCGAAGAUGGUGACGAGAAUGAUGGCGGGGAGCGUCGGAGUGAAAAGAAACAACGUAUGAGGACGGGCGCUCCGAGUUCGCAGAAGAGACUAGCAUGUCCAUAUUUCAAGAAAGACCCGAAUCGUUUCCAGACCUGGAGAUCUUGCCCCGGUCCGGGCUGGGAGACUGUGCACCGGCUCAAGGAACACCUUGACCGCAACCACGCACUGCCCAUCAGAUGCCUUCGCUGCUUUGCUCACUUUGACACGGAGAGGAAUCGUGACGCUCACAUGAGGUCCACUGAGCCAUGUGAAAUCAGAGAGCAGCCUCCUCACACCAAUGGUUUUGAUGCUAGUCAAAGGCUUGAUCUAAAAUCUCGCCCCAAAGGAUACACCAAGAUGAGCGAGCCUCAGAAAUGGCGCCGAGUUUUCUUAAUCCUAUUCCCCAAGACUAACGAAACUGAAAUACCCAGCCCGUACUAUGAGUUCAAGAUGCCGGCCGACCUCGGACAUCCCCUAGAUCCUUUGACGGAAUACGAAAACUUCCUUCAACGUGAACUUCCGACUCGUGUGAGGCAGCAACUUGAGGGGCGGAUCAAACAGGAUAUGGACCACAUGGAAGAAGCUAUGAGAGGCCAGCUCGUCGAUAUUGUGCGGGACAUGCAACUUGAAAUCUUCCGCACAUUCAUGGAUUCUAAGGCGGAGGCUCCUGCUGUGAAAGAGCCAGAUCAUUCUUGCUCCCAUACAACGUCACAAGCUGGGUCAGACAAUAAACAACCUGGUGUGCGAACCGACGAUGACCAGUCCAUACGGAGCAAGACUGAUAUACCAUGGAACUUGCAGAAUCACUUAGGACCAUGGCGCCCAGAACCUUACCUCGACGAUUGGCUAAUGCCAGAUUUUGACGGCCAACUGUACGACUUUGGUGAUUUUAUGGGUGAGGAAACACUUCCUGACUCUGCUUACGGCACCCUGUCUAUGACGAAUGGCUCCGACCAAAAGAACGAGGACUCGGGCAGAUAGACAGAGUGCGUCCCGAAGUCUAUUUCGUGACAUCCACAUCUUGUGAGCCCUCCGCUCAAGCGAAGCCCAAGAAUAGCGAUACAGCAAGUCCGAACCAAUGAAAAUGAUAUCAUUGC